UCUCUGCAGUUGGAAGCUGGGACGUUUCUCCAUUUUGCAGCCCGUCUGCAGAGAGACGGCCACCGAGCUGGGAUUUUAUCGCUUCUCCUCAAUCCGCCACUUUCCUCUGAAAAACCUUCCUGUUCUCACUGGACUCUGCUCAUCUUUGCUCUCAACUUUCAUUUCCCUGCAAAGGAAGAGAAGGACAUAAAGAGAGGAGGGGGGGACUGAGAGGACUGGAACAAAGGAGCCUGUGGGUCUUUGUUUGGGAUUUUCUUUCUUUUUUCUUCUCUUGGAGCGGUUUGGGUUCCUCUGUUGGAAACAUGGGAGCGCAACUGUCUAAGACGUCUGGAAACGCUGAGACUGCGGCUGAGAAGCCCGGGGAGGCUGCGGCGUCCCCCACCAAGACCAACGGCCAGGAAAAUGGGCACGUCAAGGCAAACGGAGAUGCCUCCCCUGCUGCAGCCGAGAACGGCAAGGAGGAGGUGCAGGCCAACGGCAGCGCCGAGACCCCCAAGGAGGAGGGGGAGAAAGCCGAGGCCGCCCCAGCUGAGCAGGAGGAGAAAGUAGAGGCAGCGUCUCCGGCCCCCACUGAGGGAGAAGCCAAGGCAGAGGAUGGAGCGACGCCUUCUACCAGCAACGAGACCCCAAAGAAGAAGAAGAAGAAGUUCUCCUUCAAGAAGUCGUUUAAACUCAGCGGCUUCUCCUUCAAGAAGACCAAGAAGGAGACGGGCGACGGGGCCGAGAAUCAGGAGGCCGCUGCGGAGUCGGCAGCACCUGCUGAGGAGGCCAAGGCUGAGGCCAAGGAGGAGCCGGAGGCUGCCACCGAGGAGGCCAAGCCUACGGAGGGGGAGGCCACCCCUGCGGCGGAGCAGCCCAAGGAGGACGUAGAGAAGAAACCAGAGGAGGAGGCGACAGAGGCGGAGAAACCUGCCGAGGAGGCCGCGGCCCCGGAGGAACCGAAAGCAGAGGAGACGCCGGCCGAGGCCCCGGAGGAGGCGCCUAAAGCGGAGGAGGCGACGCAGGAGGCGGCAUCCGCAGAGCCCCCGGCCCCCGAGGCGUCCGAGUAAAAACCCCCGAGAGAGAGAAAAAACCCAAAACAGAGAUAAUCAGAGAACCCUCCCUGCUGGUGCGUUGGAGCGACGCCACAAAGCUGGCUUUGGAGAACUCACCUGCAACCAGGGAGAUUUUAAAGCUUUCCUGAGAAUUCACCUUCGGUUUCCCCCCCCUUUUUACAAAACCCGCCACCAGCAUGGCGGGCGGCUUCCGAUCCACGUCCGCCAUAGAUUUCUACAUCAGUAUUACCUUUUUGUUUGGUUUGUUUCUUCUUAUUUUUAUACGAAAUGUAAACAAAAAUAGUAACGGGCUGACCCAAAUGAAGGGGGAGGGGCUGGGAAAUGUGCCACUGAUUUUAUCCAAACUGAGACCAACAUUUAAAAACUUCCAACACUAAGACUUUCUUCUUUUUUUUUUUCCAGUUUCUAACUUUAUAGGACAUCAUGUAAACUCCUCCUCAUAGCCGUACCAGUCAGUGAUUCAGUAGGGAUACCAGCUCUAUAGGCCUUUCUUCUUCUUCCUCGGUAAUUAAAAAAAGACAAAAAAAACAUGUAAGUAUGUAUAGGCGGGGUGUUUUUAACUGUGAUUAUUGUACAAAAGAAAAUCUUGAUCUCAAGAAGCACAUAAAGGUUUGCAGCUCUCUCUUUUUUUUCCACCUUGUUUUUGUAAAAUACAGACAGACACAAACAAGCAAUUUGAACUGAACAAGCUGUGAUGAGUGGUGACCGUUUCUAUACUGUGGUAUGUUCUCCUCCAGCAGACGCUUUCCUUCCCGUUGAUCCUUCAACUUAAAUCUAUCAGAUGCAAAUGUUUGUGUAGCAUCUUCUUCUCUUGUUUUUUUUUUUUGUAAAUACGCGGAGGAGCUUGGAUUUGACCUAGAGGUGGAAUGUAACUUUGCCUUCAAAGCUAUUAAACCCUCCUGCUUAAGGUGUUCUGAUUUUCUGUGAGCACACUAAAAGCAAAAGAAAUAAAUAAAUGUGAAGAAAAAUG